GGCUUCAAGCUAGUUCUAUAGUAAAUUCACUCGAACAUUUUGAAAUGGCAGUUCGCGCGCAAUUUGAAAAUAGUAAUGAUAUUGGCGUCUUUGCCCGCCUUACUAAUUCUUACUGUUUAGUUGCCAUCGGCGGUUCUGAGAAUUUUUAUAGCGUCUUUGAAGGAGAAUUGGGUGAUAUAAUUCCAGUAGUACACGCUUCUAUAGCCGGUACUAGGAUCAUUGGUCGUUUAACUGUCGGACUUCUUGUUCCAAAUACGACAACUGAUCAAGAACUUGAACACCUACGCAACUCUCUUCCGGAUUCCGUCAAAAUACAACGUGUAGAAGAGAGGUUAUCUGCCCUAGGGAACGUCAUUGCAUGCAACGACUAUGUUGCUCUAGUUCACCCUGAUAUUGAUAGAGAAACACAAGAGAUCAUUCGGGACGUGUUGGAAGUUGAAGUGUUUACGCAAACAAUCGCGGGAAAUGUGUUGGUUGGAAGUUAUUGUGCAAUAAGUAAUCAAGGAGGCUUGGUUCAUCCACGUACUAGUAUUCAAGAUCAAGACGAAUUAUCGUCCCUGCUGCAAGUUCCUCUUGUGGCGGGAACAAUAAAUCGCGGUUCGGAUGUGAUCGGGGCAGGUCUUGUGGUAAAUGAUUGGUGCGCAUUUUCUGGAUUAGACAGUACUGCGACAGAAUUAUCGGUAGUCGAAAGUAUAUUUAAAUUGCACGAUGCACAACCAACGGCAAUUGUGACAAAAAUGAGAGAUUCUUUAGUAGAUACCUAUGGCUGA